AUGGACAAAAUAUACCCUCAGUUUGAAAAGCUCCCGUACCCCGAGACAUCUUUCAAUGGCCAGACCAUCAUCGUCACAGGGUCCAAUACAGGUCUGGGGUUUGAGGCUGCCAAGCACUUCACCCGACUCGAAGCUGCGCGGGUCAUUCUGGCCGUGAGAUCUCAGGCCAAGGGAGACGCCGCCAAGACCGCCAUCGAAUCAGCCACGGGCCGUAACAAUGUCGUCGAAGUAUGGCUUCUCGAAAUGGACAGCUUCGACUCCAUCAAAGAGUUUGCCGUCAAGUGCGAGUCUCUAGACCGACUCGAUGCGGUCGUCGCCAACGCAGGCGUCCUGAGAACGGAGUUUGAGGAUACCGACGGCUUCGAGAUGACGAUCAAAGUCAACGUGAUUGGAAUCUUUUUGCUGGCCUUGAACCUGUUUCCGACCAUGAGGAAAUCAGAUCAAACCACGGGACAGACACCGCGUUUUGCGAUCACGACUUCUCUUCUUCAUAGCAGUGCCAAAUUCACUGAACGAAAGCAGCCCGACAUUUUCAAGGCCCUCAACACCAAGAAGACUUCCAACAUGAAAGAUCGCUACAGCGUCUCCAAGCUCUUGGAGGUGAUGCUCGUGGAGUCCUUUAGCGAGGCGAUGAAGCAGGGGCCCAACGCAGAUAAGCCCGUCAUCAUCAAUUCGGUGAAUCCCGGACUCUGCUACUCCGAUCUCGGCCGAGACUUGAAGGGCUUCGCGGGCUACUUUUUCUCUGCUCUCAAGGCGUUCAUGGCCCGCACGACCGAAGUGGGCAGCCGCACGCUCGUCCACGCGGCUGCCUCGGGCAAGGAGAGCGAUGGCCAGUAUCUAAGCGAGUGUCGCGUCACCAAGCCCGAUGCGUUUGUGCGGAGCAAGGAGGGCCAGGACACCACAAAGCGUUUGCACGCGGAAUUGAUAACGAUCCUGGAGCAGAUCCAGCCCGGUGUCACGAGCAGACUGUAG